UGUUAUAAAUUGUUUUAAUCAACGAUUAUACGCGUAUUCUAUAUACAGUAUAUGCAUGAAUACCACUGCCCUCUACAUCAAGGAAGUUGACUUCAUUGCGUUUAAAAUAAACAGGAUAUAUGUAUGACUAUAUACAUAAACCACUUUAGAUGGUAAUUCAAUACUAGCGGGUGGGAUUAGUCUUAUUCUCGUAGAUGUGUGACAUAGGCGAAUACAACUAAGCACGUUGGAUUUAAAAAUGGGGAAAAGUAGUUCAAAACAUAAACGGAAGAACAAACUAUCAUCUAGAACCACCGAUGAAUUUACAUAUCACUCCUCUCAUCCUGAACGAAUAUGGGAACCGCGUAUUCAACGUGCCAGUUCCGAGUUAAACAACUUGGACAGUCAAAUGGCGAAUUACGGAAUGAACAGCUUGGAAUACAACAGUCAAGAAACUGAUAGAUUGCAACUUAGUACAAGUUCCCGGCUAAAUGAACGAUAUUUAAUUGGGAAUGAGCCAAUUGAAUCAGAAAAUGGAGAUGGCGGAAAUUCAAUCAAUCAUAGCGAUACGAACUAUACACCAAAAGAAACUUUUUCAAUUAAUUCUUCUUCCUUUCCUCUUCGAUCAGCGAAUGGUUCUAGAAAUGACCCGAUGUUCUUUCACCCAAAUCGUCUUGCCCUAGGUGACGUCGAUUCAGAAGACGAAUCCGUCAAUGAACAAAACAAAGACCUUCAGGAUUCGGAACACGGGACAAGUCCUAGAGAUGAUCCUUUGUAUUUCCAACCCAUACGUACUGGUCUACGUGACUCAGAUUCAGAAGAUGAACAAAACGAUGUCGUUCAGGAUUCGGAACACGGCGAUGACGAAAUCCCACACUUUGUGGAGUAUCUCUUGGAGAACUAUUCGGACCAAGAUAGUGACAAUCUGAUUGAAGAAAGGGGCUUGUCGGCCGAUGCGCUUGAGAGACUUCCGAUUAAACAUGCCAGUCUUUCACUUGGAGAGUGCCAUGUCUGUUUUGAAAACUACGAAGUGGGUGAUCUGCAAAAAGUCUUGCCAUGUUUCCACUUAUUUCACUCAAGCUGCAUUGACCAAUGGCUUAAGGAAAGAGCCACGUGUCCCGUAUGCCGAACACAGGUUGAAAUUGAUGACGACUAGAUAUGCUAUGUUAUUUACAAUGUACCACUUGUUACUAAUAAAGGAUGUAUUCACUACAUUUUCUGUGAUU